AUGGAUGUUGAAACGCAUCUAGAAUCGAUGGGCCUGGGUGAAACGAUUGUGAUAGGCAAUAAUGCCACAAAUCAGAGCCGGGCAAAUGCAAUGAUAUUCCUCCGACAUCAUAUCGAUGAAGAACUGAAAAUGGAAUAUCUCACAGUCAAGAAUCCUCUUGACUUAUGGAAUAAACUAAAAGAAAGAUACGAUCACCUGAAGUUGAUCAUAUUGCCGAAAGCCCGCAGCGAAUGGCACAAUUUGAGGUUGCAGGACUUCAAAUCAGUCACUGAAUAUAAUUUCACCAUGUUCAAGAUCACUUCACAGUUGAACCUAUGCGGCGAGAAUAUUAAUGACAAUCACAUGAUGGAAAAAACAUUCUCCACAUUCCAAGCCUCAAACCUGCUUUUACAGCAACAAUAUAGAGAUGAAGGCUUCAAAAUAUAUUCAGCCCUUAUUGCCUGUCUUUUGUUGUCUGAAAAUCUAGGCCAAGGAAACAACAAAGGCCGGAGAUAUGGUAGGGGCCAAAAACGCGACCGUCCCCAACCUCGUCGAAAUAAUGGCAAGAAAGCAUACAAGCCCCUAAAGUGGCAGAAUGAAGAGCAUAAAAGAAAUUAUGAAGAUAAGUGUCACAGGUACGGCACAAAGGGACACUGGUCGCGCGUCUGCAGAACGCCUAAGCAUUUGGUUGAUUUGUACCAAGCUUCGCUGAAAGGGAAAAGUACGUCUGCUGACGUAAAUCUCUCUGAGCAGAAUAAUGAUGACGCAUAUGAUGAUGUAUUGAAGAACACAUCCGCUGAUGUAAACCUCACUGAACAAAACAAUGAUGACACAUAUGAUGAUGUCCUAAACAACGACCUUAUACAUCUUGAUACAACAAACUUCCUUGAGCACCUUGAAGGUGCCAAGUGA